ACAUAUUGUUGUCAUCAAUGGUUACGUUGAUAAAUAUUUAAAUAAACUAUUAAAUAUUCUUUACAUUUGAUUGAAUGGACCUGAGAUGUCUUAUUUUUUAGGUAUCACUUUGAUGACAUAGCCAAGAGCUAAAAUGGCAAUACAAGGGCAACAGUUUCAUACGCUAGAACUGAUUUAUUCCUCAACUUCAAUGUACCCAUUCUAGCCAGAACAGCAGAGUCACUUGAACAUGGCGGAAGUUGGGAAGUUUGAACCAGAGCAGGACAUUAAGAAGAAGAUUGAGGAGACGAGACAGAAGUUCAACAAUGAGUAUGUCCAAGGACAAGAAUCUGACAAAUAUGACUCCAGAGAUGUGGACAGGCUACAAAAGGAUGAUGCUCUGGUGGAGGCAUACCUGACAUGGCGACUAUACUCUGUGGACGAUGCCCUGAAGAUGAUUGAUGACAGUUUCCUGUGGAGGAAAGAAUAUAGUUUGAAUGACCUCACUGAGAGCAGCAUUCCAAAGUGGAUGUUUGAGACGGGGGCUGUCUUCCUCCACGGCUACGACAAGGAAGGCAACAAGCUCUUCUGGUUCAAAGUCAAGCUCCAUACCAAGGAUGCAAAGACCAGCAUGGACAAGAAGAAGUAUGUUGCCUUCUGGCUGGAGCGCUAUGCUAAGAGAGAGCCAGGGAUGCCACUCACUGUUGUGUUUGACAUGGCCGAUUCAGGGAUCAGCAAUAUCGACAUGGAUUUUGUGAAGUAUGUAAUUAAUUGCUUCAAAGUGUAUUAUCCAAAGUUUCUAUCCAAAAUGAUCAUUGUCGACAUGCCAUGGAUCUUGAAUGCUGCAUGGAAGAUUGUGAGGACAUGGUUGGGUCCAGAAGCCAUCAGCAAGCUCAAGUUUGCAUCUAAAAAUGAGAUCCAAACAUUUAUUGGCCCUGAAUACCUGCCUCCUCACAUGGGUGGAACGGAUCCCUUCAGAUACAGCUAUCCUCCCCUUCCUGACGAUGACUUCCAAACGCCAGUAUGUGAGAACGGACCAAUCGUCAGUGAGGACGACAACGAGAGCAAGGACUUCGAAUCAGACAGCAAGGAGUUAGAGUCGAGCUUCAGCUCCGAGGUCGCCAUCGAGCCCAAAAAGGUGUAUUUCUCAGAGGAGAGCCUGAGCAGUCUGAAACUGGACGACAACGACAAAGGAGACAGCCGGCCGAAGGGAGCCAGGAAGCCACUGACCACAUUCAAGGCCUCUCUGCUACACGUCAGUCCAGCAGAGGAGCUGAGCUUUGGGUCCAAAGAGUCAGACAGGAAGUGUCUUAUCAUCCUCGAUAAUGUGUCCAAGAAUCAAGUGGCCUUCAAGGUACGAACCACAGCACCUGAGAAGUACAGAGUGAAGCCCAGCAACAGCUGCUGUGAUUCGGGCGCUUCUGUGGAUAUAGUGGUGUCCUUACAUGGAGGCCACCAGGCAUCUCUGCAGGACCGCUUCCUAGUUAUGGCUGCAGAGAUGGAGCAGAACGCUGGUGCUGGAUCACCAGAGCUCAUUCACUUCUGGAAGGACGUGCCCAAAACCAAGAUCAUGGAGCACAGAUUACGAUGUCACAUCCUGGAGAGCACUAAGCCCAUCCUGACCUGUGGAAGUGACAGCCCAAUUGAAGGAGGAGCCAAUGGCCACCCGGACCUGCACACGACGCUGAUGCGUGUGAUGGUGUGUAACGCCCGGCUGGAGCAGAAGCUGGACCAGUAUCUGUGGGUCCAGCAGGUUCUGAUUGGUCUGGUGCUUGUUGUCAUGAUGUUCACCUUCCUGUGUCUCUACAACCUUCCUGGGACUUCCUGACCUGACAACAUGGUCUACCUCCUCCUCCCAUCUAACAUAGAGACUACAGCAGCUGAAAGCUUAACCAACAGGAAGAGGGCUGGUGUUGGACUCAGUGAUAAUAAGAGAGUAGACUCUCUUCUCUACAAGAGCUGUCGUCAUGGAGAUGGAGGGCUGCUCUGUUCUGUAGCAGUGAGCUUGUGGAGUUGCCCAGAGAGAUUCCUCAUAGUUUUCUGGGUGUUGUGAGAGGUACCGUACCUAAAGAGUCUCGACACUGUGAAAUGAAAUCGAUAAUGUAUUUUUACUACUGAUCAUGGAAUUAUACAGUGCCUUCAGAAAGUAUUCAUACCCCUUGACUUAUUCCACAUUUUUUUGUGUUACAUCUUAAAUUCAAAAUGGAUUAAAACAUACAUCAUUCUCACCCAUCUACACACAAUAGCCCAUAAUGGCAAAGUGAAAACAUGUUUUUAGAAUUUUUUGCACAUUUAUUGUAAAUUAAAUACAGCAAUAUAUAAUUUACGUAAGUAUUCACACCCCUGAGUCAAUACUUUUAGAUGCACCUUUGGCAGCUAUUACAGCUGUGAGUCUUUCUGGGUAAGUCUCGAGCUUUCCAUACCUGGAUUUUGCAACAUUUGCUCAUUUAUUAUUUUAAAUAUCCUGAAAAUGAGGCAAUGUCAACUUGGUUGUUGAUCAUUGCUAGACAACCAUUUUCAGUUCUUGACAUACAUUUUGAAGUAGAUUUAAGUCAUUACUGGAACAACUCAGGAACCUUCGCUGUCUUCUUGGUAAGCAACUCCAGUGUAGAUAUGGCCUUGUGUUUUAGGUUAUUUUCCUGCUGAAAGGUGAAUUCAUAUCCCAGUGUCUGGUGGAAACCAGACUGAACCAAGAUUUCUUCUAGGAUAUUACCUGUGGUUAGCUCUAUUACGUUUAUUUUUUAUCCUGAAACUCCCCGGCCCUAACGAUUUACAAGCAUUCCCGUAACAUGAAGCAGUCACCACUAUGCUUGAAAAUAUAGAGAGUGGUACUCAGUAAUGUGUUGUAUUGGAUUUGCCCCAAACCAAACACUUUUGUAUUCAGGACAAAAA